AUGGCGCCGGCACCGUCCUCCUCCAGGAUCCUCCCCCUACGCCCCGCCGUCCAGUACUUCCUCCUCCUCCUCUUGUCCAUGCAGGUCGCCGCGGCCGCCGCGGCCAUGGACCCCGCCGAGCGGGAGACGCUGCUCCGCGUCAUGGAGUCCCUCUCCGCUGACCGCGACUGGCGCGAGGCCGCCGGCGACGACCCCUGCGCCUCGCCGUGGCCGGGGCUCGAGUGCAGGCCCGGGACCACUACUCCCGGCGCCAACAACGGCAGCGGCGCGGCGCGGAUGCACGUCGCGCGCCUCGACUUCGGGGUGCCACCGAACCCGACGUGCAAGGACACGGCCACGUUCCCUCUCGCCGCGUUCGCGCUGCCGGAGCUCCGGGCGCUGUUCCUCGUCGGCUGCUUCAAGAACCCCGACGCCGUGGCCGCCUUCGCGCUGCCGCCGGCGUCCAACCUCUCGUCGUCGCGCCUGCAGCAGCUCAGCGUCCGCGCCAACCCGUCGCUGUCCGGCACGCUGCCGCCGCAGCUGGCCAGCCUGCGGUCGCUGCAGGUGCUCACCGUGUCGCAGAACGCGCUAGUCCGGGGCGCCGUCCCGCGGGGCAUCGGCGCGCUCGCGGGCCUCGUGCACCUCGACCUCAGCUACAACUCCCUCACGGGACCGAUCCCGAGCGCGCUCGGCGACCUGCGCGGCCUCGUCGGCCUCGACCUUAGCUACAACUCCUUCUCUGGCCCCAUCCCGAGCCGCCUCGGCGACCUCGCCCAGCUGCAGAAGCUGGACCUCAGCUCCAACAACCUCACCGGCGGCGUCCAGGCCGCGCUCACCCGCCUCAAGGCGCUCACCUUCCUCGCGCUCAGCAACAACGGGCUCCGCGGCCGCCUCCCCGCGGGACUCUCCGGCCUCCGCGACCUGCAGUACCUGAUCAUGGAGAACAACCCGAUGGGCGUCCCGCUGCCGCCCGAGCUGGGCAACAUCGCGCGGCUGCAGGAGCUCCGGCUUGCCAACUCCGGCUACUCGGGCUCCAUACCGGACACGUUCGGCCUCCUGUCCAGCCUCACCACGUUGUCGCUGGAGAACAACAACCUCACCGGGCGGAUCCCCGCGGGGCUCAGCCGGCUGAAGCGCAUGUACCACCUCAACCUCAGCAAGAACGGGCUGGACGGCGUCGUCCCGUUCGACGGCGCGUUCCUCAGGCAGCUCGGCCGGAACCUGGACCUGAGCGGCAACCCGGGCCUGUGCGUCGCCGACCGGGCCGUCGUGCCGGACGUGGGCGUCGGAGUCUGCGGCGACGACGUCGCCUGCGAAACGUCCGCCGCCGCGGAGAGCUUGGUCGUCGGGAGAGUGGUCAGGGGAGAGGUGACGAGGGGUCGCUGGCCAGCCGGGCUGCUCAGGCCCGCCGUUGUAGCGCUGUGCAGCUGCCUUCUGCUCUGA